UAAAAAAAUCAACGGCAACAUAAUUUGACGGUUUCACGCCCAGUAGUAUGUUACAAAUGGGAAACCGAGAUCUGAUUAUUUGGUUACGGCUACCGUUACACAAUUAAGACAGCGUUUUCCGUGUACGAAAUGAGCGAGUGAAGAGCAGCAGCAUCACGCGCACUAUUUUUAUAGAGCGCAGUGAUGGCAUGCGCGAAAGUCGUGGUUUCGUCUGAUCUACUUGUCUGAUCCCAUAUGCGCUGUUCUGCACAUGCUGUUUCUAAUGUUAUCGGCUUAUCAUGGGUUCCCGACUUUGUCUUUACACCACCACGAGAAAUGUGAAUGUUUACACAAACUGAUUAUGUUACCAGAAUGCCACCGCGAUUAGUGCGCAAAGACGGAACCGCAACUUGACUUGUGACAACCGUCAUGGCUGACGAAGUUGGUUUAGAGGCUGAAGAGGAUGCCCAGUCUCCUCCUCAAGGAGUUCCAAUACCACAUCGCCUCGGGAGGCCGUUGCAGAAAAUUUUGGGAGAUGCCGGCUUGUAUUCCUAUUGUGCCAUCUGCGCCCUUUCGCUUCACGACCUUUUCCCAGAUGAAUGGGACCGAGAAUUUUGCGAAAAAUGCCUUCUGCAGCUGAUACAGCACCUUGGCCUGCCUUCACAGGUGAAGUCUGUGAUGCAGGCCCUGAUGAUGGGUGAAGGCGGCGAGGUUGAGCCCUUCAUACACGUUCUCAAGGAUGAACCGGGUCUGAAUGGAAACUGUUUGCGGGUUGUUGAAGAUCUCAUCCUGUUUGCAGUUCAGGGAGGUAUGUACGAUGCUCGAACACGCGUGUUCAUCUUUUACGUGGCCUGGAGGCUCCGGGUCUCCCGGUCACUCGUCGAGAUGUACGAAGAGUCUGUUGUCGAAAUGCUGUCCCAGGAAGUCCACGAACAGUCAGAAGAAGAGCGGAAGGAAAUUGCCAAACGUCAGCGCAACAAGAAGCUCAAGCGUUUCCUUAUGAUUGGUCUUGCAACUGUUGGAGGAGGCGCUGUCAUUGGCCUGACAGGAGGUCUAGCAGCGCCACUGAUGGCUGCUGGUGCUGGGGCUAUCAUAGGGGGCGCUGGAGCGGCAGCCUUGGGUUCUGCCACUGGCAUUGCAGUCAUAGGUUCGCUCAUUGGUAUUGCUGGGGCCGGACUCACAGGAUACAAGAUGAAGAAGAGAGUCGGUGAAAUCGAGGAGUUUGAAUUUGACUCACUGACUGAGGGCAAGGGACUACACAUCACAUUGGCCAUAUCAGGCUGGCUGUCUGACGAAGAUCCAGGUGCUCUGAAGAGGCCAUGGCGCACGCUGAUGAACUCGCGAGAGCAGUAUGUGCUGCGUUAUGAGUCCUCAUACUUGCUGGAGCUUGGUCACGCCAUUGACUACCUGUUCAGCUUUGCUGUCUCCAUGGCGGCACAGGAGGCCCUCAAGUACACCAUCCUCUCAGGUCUGAUCACAGCCAUCACGUGGCCCGCCACCUUGGUCAUGGUGGCUGGUGUCAUUGACAACCCCUGGGGCGUUUGCAACAGGAGGUCUGCUGAAGUGGGCAGGCAUCUGGCCGAGAUCCUCUUGGCACGACAGCAGGGCAAGCGUCCCGUUACUCUAAUUGGCUUCAGCCUUGGUGCUCGUGUCAUCUUUUACUGCCUCAAGGAAAUGGCCAAGCGGAAAGGGUGCGAGGGAAUCAUUGAGGAUGCAAUUCUCCUCGGAGCCCCCGUUCCAGCGCACAAAGAAGAAUGGAAACCGAUGGCCCGAGUAGUUGGGGGAAGGAUAGUUAACGGCUACUGCAGGGGAGACUGGCUGCUCAAGUUUCUUCACCGAACGUCAUCAGCAACCCUGAAGAUAGCUGGUCUACAAGCAAUCCGGUGGAAUGACAGACGAAUGUUCAACAUUGACUUAAGUGACGUGGUUUCUGGGCACACUGAUUAUGUAAAGAAGAUGGACAUCAUUCUCAAGGCCGUCGGCAUCCAAACAGGUGACGAUGUGCUGGAGGCCGACUCCAGCAUGCGCAAGUCAAAGUCGUACGCCCCGGAGAGGGACGAGAAUAUGCGCGGCCUGCAGAUGCACCGCUCAAGAUCCGACUCGGUGCUCUGCAACAAGAAGGCAGUGAAUGUGGCUUGUGCUCCAAGAGAAAACCGUCACCUCUCGAUCACCGACAGACCAAUGAGCUACUCUCUGGAGAGCGUCCUGAGCCGGAGCAGUUCGGCCUUCGGCGGUAGCAGCAGUGCGACUGCCGACGGCCACCGACGCUGGUCGCCCCGCGACUUCCUACAGUCGACACGCAACCUGUGGAAACCCCGUCCACCGAGCGCCGCAGCAGCGAAGGACGACGACACGACCAGUGGUGUCGUGUCCACAGCCGACAGCUGGGAGUGGUCAGGGUGGGACGACGAGACCCCCACCCAGGCUAUGUCUCACAGCAAGCCUCAAGCCUGACGCCUUCUAAGCCACACCCAAUAUGUUGAGGAGCAGGAGUAAUGCUGUUCUUGUUUUCAAAGUCUUCACCCUUCACGUGCAUACGCUCGUGCAGAGCAGUUGGCUUUGAGCCUGUUUUUCAGUUUUGUUGCUAUGAAAGUGGUUUGUGUUUGGAAAAUCACCUUUCCAGGGUGAAAGUUAGCGGCAUUUAGUCCGUGACUGAUACAACUGGGAGGUGGUCGGUCUGGGGAGGCAAGCCUCCCUCCCUCCAACUCUGGCUGCAGGCCAUUAGAUGACUGACGUUGCCAAAUCAUACUUGGACCCGAUUUGACAGCAUUUGAUGCCUAGAGGUGGCAGUGAUGCCGUUUCUUCAAAGUCUUUAUGUCCUUUGCGUGUGCUUGUUCUCAUGAGUUAUACGGCUACCUCUGAAGCCGUUCUUCGUCAGUGUCGUCCAGGAAUGCAGCUCAUAUUUGAAAAAAUUUACGAUCGUGGAACAGCAGGGAUUAUGCGGUGGGCCGUUUCCUGACUGUACCCUACCCCUCCAAUUUUUGUACCUCUUCUCUCCAGCAGCAUCGUCCCAAAAGUCUUAUGUCGGGUCUCACUCUUCAGUGGAACUUAAUUCCUACAAGCGGAAAGGACACAGUUAUUCUCUCAAAGUCCCCAUUCUUCGUGCGUGGGCAUUUUCUCAUAGCCCUGAGCCCUCAAAACCAUAUGUGUCGUUUGUGUUUCUCUAGAUGGCAGCUCAUGUCCAGAAAAAAUGAGGGCUGUAAGACAUUAAUCCUGUGUUGCGUUUGUCACACUGUGACUUCGUUAAGCAUUCGAUGCUGUAUGCUUGUUUUGUGUGCACGAGGGACCAUUUGCUUUAUGAAUUACAAUUUGGAAUGAAGAUGUCAUAUAUAGGGGUUCAGAGUGUUCUGAGCAAUUUCAUCACUUUUCGAAUAUGGUCUCAUUGUGGGAAAACGAGGUCUAUCCUGUACAGUAGAAGCAUUGAGGUUUGUUUUUUAACACAAGGAAAUGGUGUGACAUUUUUCCACAGACUGGCCUUGUUUUGCAAAGAUCGCGCACAAGUCUUUUAGUGAUGUUAGAAUGAUGAUUUCGUGGCUCUGGUGCUCCCAUCGAUAGUAUUUGUUGCAUCAUGUGUUUCGUUGAAGGCGUGCUGCGCCAUAGUACGAUGUGACGUGAUGAGUGACGGUGUAUUCACCUUCGCAUGAUUGGACUUUGAAGUGACGUUGAGAUAUAUGUGUUACGUUUGACUGCUAUUCUUACAGUUAUGUUAUGAAGUUUAUUGAAAUGUUGUGCAUACCAACUAAUGUCCAGGACCAUCUUUUGCGAAAGCUGCGAGUACAUAAAUGAGUAGGCUUUUUUUUUUCCCCUUUGCUCUCUCAAAUAUUUGAUAGCUUGUUACAGAGCACAAGUACAGAGUGAGAGCCCUGAGGUUGUUGUGUCAUAUUCAGGUAAUAGCGAUUAUACACGUCCAGGCACCUUUGUCUGAUAGACAUUCAGCCAUGAAAGGAACAGCUCGGAGAAAAAGUAGUUUUGCUUUGAGCAGUGUGAAAAUUUGUUUACGAAUUUGCACGCACUCUCCCUUUUUUUUGUGCUCUUAGCUUAUUGUGUGAGCAGAUUACUGUGAUAAAAGUGAAGAAAUGGCAGCCAUUUGCCGCUAUGUUGAUGUUACUUGUCGUUUGCGGCUGGCUGUGAAAUAUGUUUAUGCUUUGUCUAAACUUGCCGUAUUGGGGACAUCUGUUUUUUUAGAUGUGUGGUUUCUUCAUUUAUACUGCUGAAGUGUUUAAACUGAAAGCUCUAUGUGGCUGAUCAUGAUGAAAAAUAUUUAUUGAUAGAACAAGGAAAAGAGAGUAAUGUGUAGUAGUGACAUUAAAGGGACAUUAAAGAGGCACAUUAGAUUAAACGGGUCUAUUAUACCCGCCAUGACGUCUAAGUGGCUAUGCUCUUCCUCUGCUGAGCACAAAUUUGUGCGUUUGAUUCCCCGCUGUGACGGCCGCAUUCCAACGGGGGUGAAAUGCAAGAGCACUCACAUAUGCUUUCGGUCAUUAGAGAACGCCAUGUGGUCUAAAUUAAUCUGGAUCCCAGCACAACAACAUCCCUUAUAGCCCACUGCAUAGCUUGGAGAUAUUAAACUUAAUUAUCAUUAAUUGUUUUAUUAAAAAUAACUUGGUUGUGCUUUUGCAGUAGCGGAACGGCCAGGCCACUCUUAGUGAGCGUUGGCUUGGCAAGCCAAAAAAGUUGCAAAAACGAAAGGCAGGUGGCGAUCUUGUCCUGCUGUUCCAGCACCCCUUCACCUUGACGUUGUGGAUUUCGAUGUCAUAUUGGAGCAGUGGUUUCGGCAGAAAAUUUUAAAGAGAGGGAAUUGGCCUUCACUUUCUCUUGCAAUCACAAACCCUUUUUGCCAAAUGAAUGAACACCACAGUUCUGAAAGAACACUUUAACAGUUUAAACUGAUUUAUAAUGUCCCUUUAAUGUUCAAAUGGAUGGGCAUGUCUACAACCACGCUAACACUGAACGGCAGUCCACACUGAAUGUCAAGGGGAUGAUGACGUUUUGUGUCACAGUUCGUUGCUUCAGUGCAGUGGCUGUUGGUAUGCCCCUCCUGAAGUGGUAUUCUUGAUCAUUCACUUUCAUGGCUCCAAACACCGCAUCAAGCAUAAGUACCGUGUUUGCUCGAUUCUAAUACGCACUCUUAUUAAAAUAUUCACUAAACAAAUGACAUGUGCACUAGAACCGAGCACGAAAUAGUGCUGAAUUGAGUGCAAGAUAGUGCUAGAUCGAUACAAUAGUGACAGGCUGUCACCUAUUACUGUAAUUGAAACCAACCUACACGUCGGCUGCGGCACGGCAUUGUUUGUACCCACCUUGUAAUUUUCUUAGGCUGCUAUAGUUCACGUGGCAUUUGAGAAAUACAGCAUCUCAAAUGACAUGGAUGGCACUGAAGAUGAUAUGCAAUCGGCUGUUGAUAUAGUGAUAAGGAGGCCUCAAACACUGAUGUUUGGUCUACUGGUGCUUAGACACAGUAAUAUGUUUCUUUUCGAAGUGAGAACAAGUUGUCAUUACUUUCUUUAUUAAAAUGAAAAUUUGCAAGUGAGCAGUCAAGGCCAUUGCAUUUUUCAUUUGACAAUCUAGGACGCAUUAGAAUCGAGUAAGUACAGUGUCCUAAAAGUGAUAACCGAGAAUACGGCCUCUGGUCACAGCAAUUUCCCAACAAAACUAUGUCACUUCUACAAAUUUCUAAAGUCGUGAAUUUCCUGCAAAUUUAAGCUCAAUUUUUGUCACUUGUGUUCUUACAUUUAUAGUGAGCAUUGCUUCACAAUUUACUAGCAGUUUCACGAUUAAGUAUUGUCAUUGCCAGUAAAGGUUUCCCCGGCUGUUAGAAUUGGCUCGGAGACCUUCUGACAGACCUUUUAAUCUUUUUGAGUAUGGUCGUGCAAGUUUAUUGCUCAGUCUUCUUCACUAGCAAGUAUUUGAACAUUGCUAUCUAAAUGUGUCACUGAAUGCUGGAAGCAUUUGGCGUAUGUAAACACUACCAUGAACUUCUCAUUCGGUUCAGUUUGCCGUUUGUGCGCCGAUAUCACCUAAGAUUAUUGAUGAUGUGUGGUGUUUUAUGGCGCAAGGGCCAGGUAUUAACUAUUCAGUAGCCAUGCAUGUCAAUACUUGGCUCUAGGCCAGAGAAAGCACAAUUGGCUAAAAAGAAAGUAUAAGACAUCAACCACAUAAAAAAAAAAAAAGAUGCGAGAUUCCAAAUCUCUUUGAGUUAGAUGUUCCAGUCCUUUAUUUAGCCUUUUAGGCCAUGGUCAAUAUCUACCUAUUUGCCUUUACCUAUUUAUACCACAAUCACCCCAAGCAAGAUGAGCUCCUUUCAAAUCAUCAGCUUGUCAGGAAAAGAAGCUCAACUUGCCAGCAGUUCCAUCAGGUGAAAAAAAAAAAAAGGAAUGAGAGAGAGAAAGACAUAGAUGUAGUACAAAAUGAUUGCCAUGUGUGAUGUCUUUUAAUGACUAACAAGUUGGAAAGACAGAACUGCUCUUUGCACAUUUAUGUACAACUUUCAGGUGUUUGUUAUACUAAGAGGCUUAUUAAUUAACUAGCACCAUUCAUAUCAGCAACACUUCUGCAUUAAGUAUUUGGGCAGUCACGGUAUUUUCACCUAUGACCAGAGGCUUUUCUUCAGCAGAAGUGAGCGGGAUACAUUUUUGGUAAAGUCCCUGUGCAAAACAAGAACAACAAAGGCAAAGCAACAAGUGUUGUGGUUCUUACUUCGUUGGUUGGUCGUACCAUAAGAUUUGCUGUCUCACUAAUGUUGAAAUGACAAUUAUCUGCCCUUCCUCGGGACCAUGUCGGAUGUUUAAAGGGUUUUUGUUUACAGUGGUGACAUUCUGCAUGCAUUACCCGCCCAGUGAUUCUAGUAUUGUGCAAGUGCUUGCUUGUCUUCGCUGAAUGGUGAUGUGGUUUCGUUUCAUCUUUCGUUUAUAAUGAACAGCAUGGGUUAAAGUAGCCAUUCUAGUCAUCAGGGUGUCUCACGACAAAAUCUAAAGGUGCGCAUAUUCAUGUUUCUGAGGAUGCUUUAUUGAGUGCUUGAAGGUUCUCUGCAUUUUGGAGGUAUUGCAGAUUGUGGAAUUUCGUGUUUGUUAUGUCAAUGUCUGCACUGCUUUGGUUUGCUGCUGCUGUCUGUCUUUUGGACAGCGAAAACUUGUAUGUAUUAUGCUUGGUGUUAUGGCUUUACAGCAUCACCACUGUGUAGUGGACGCUUAUACAAUGAAAAUCAUUUUGAGAGUCGUCGUUAAAUUACAUGAUGUAAUGUUGUACUAUGGUGUUUUACAGCCAUUUCACUUAUUGAAUGCAACAAACUUCACUCAAGUUAGUUCAGCCGUGGCUAAAUCAGAGUAUUCCUGCUCUUCACAUGUACUUGAAUCGGAAAGACCAGUGGCUGCGAAACUUUCCCCUUUAUUGUCGGAGCAAAAGUUCUGCCUUUAGCACUGGCACCGAUUUUGUGAAUGGGAAUUUCUAAAGUCAUUGUUGACACAAGUGAACUGCUUUUCAUGAAUUUGCCUGUGUGUACAUGUACUAGUUGUCUGUUGCCCACUGGGUCUUCCGCUGGUUUCUGCGCUACUUGCAAUCAAUUACGUUGGCUUGCCUACAUGGGCUACAUAUUGUAGCCUAUGGCUGGGAUAGUCACCAGUGCUAUAUUUUUUUUCAUUGUUUGUUUGCUUGUCGUAGCCGGAUAUUUGUGCUGCAAAUGCUGGUACAACACAUGGACGAGACAAACGAAAACAGGGGUGGUAUUCUUGGUCAUUCACUUUCGUGGGUGCAAUCACUUUCAGGAUAUUUUGCAUGCCUAGCAUCGGCAACACAUCGGCAUCUACGAGAGACAUUGUGCUUGGCACUGUGCCAGGAAUACUGUUGCCUGUGGAUGCCAACACAUCCAGUGCUAGGCGUGUGAAAUCUUGUGACAGUAACUGUAUCCCUGAAUAUGAUAUACUAAAAAUACCACCCCAGUGCAUGCACAAGGUGUACUACACGAGUAUUCCAAGCGUAGUGCGAUAGAUGUGAAUUUGGCUCCCACCGGCGACAAGUUGUCUUUCUGCCUACAUCUCCCCUUUCCUUAUUAUUUAUACAAUUCAAUUAAAACCACAGUUAAUUUCCCCUACACAUUCCUUAGCUUCAUUGUCUGUUGACUUCAUAUAAUUGUAACUAAUAAAAAUCAAGCUAAAAAUCAAUCGAAAAUUCGCUACACAGGGUUAUGCUACUUGUGUGAGCAAUCCAUCGCAAAAGCUUUAAGGUUAGCUGGCUGUUACCUAGAACAGCUGGUUGGUCAUUACCUUCUUCCCGUAUGAUUGCCGUCUCUGCGUUUUAGCAGCAGUUGCAGUGCGAAUACUUGUAGUUGUGACAUAUCAGCUAGCUUGAGCUCAUUUGCUGGAGUAAAGAUAAAUACUUUUCACAGUACUUUGUCACUGUGUUGGGGGUAUUACUAACUGCCUUGCUUGUCGAAUUUAAUGUGUAAAUGUGUGGUGAAGUGCAGGCAGGUAUUGCGAUAGACUUUAAUUAAUUCAACUCUUGUAUUCACUCUCAUCUUAUUAUCCCUGCACAAAUUCACAUUAGAAACCUAGUUCGAUUGUGGUAUCAAAGGAAGUGUAUUUUAAGGGUUCUUUUAGUAUGUUUCUUGCGUAAAUUUUUAAGAACUAUUGCCAAGCAUUGACGUUAAUUUCGCUAGCACCAAGUGCAAAGUUGUGCCAUGUAAGGAAGGUGGCACUUUGUUUUGCAACACUCCGAGAUUGAAAGAUGAGAUUAGAUAGCCUUAGCUUAGCGUUUAUGGUCUGCUCCACUCGGACACAUGCAUCCUAACAAUUUGUACACAGCCGUUCAGCGGGAACAUGAAUGUGUGCACGCAGAACUUUCGUUGGCAGCGGAAAGCAUACCGCAGCCCUCGCUCUGUGGCCUAGUCAGCCAAGUGGAAUGUGUUCGCACAUUUCACUUUAUUUAUUUGUCAUUUUAUAGCCAAGGCGAUCGCAGGUAGCUUAUAUCUCUGGGAUAAACGCUUCUGUCCAUUGCCAAAUCCUUGUCUUGAGUCAGGGUUGCAGAACAUGAUCUCCUUUGCCAUACUUAUUCUUUGUUGUGUUAUGCAUAUGGAGGCAUCUGGCUUCUAAGCUCUAGCAGCUUAUUGCAAAAUUUGAUUCCUACAUUGCAUCUUCCUAUACCUUAUUGUUGGUGGCUAUGGCAAUGUUGCAAAUAAGUGUCUUGGGCUUUCGGGCUGCUAGAAGGAGCAUUAUUAAUUGACUCGAUCGGCAGUGCACUGCCAGCAGCGAUUGCGGGACUCAAUGUUAUUUUCUUGUUCUCAAAAAUAAAGGAAAUGUACAGUCAGUGUCAAAAGUAUAGAGACUGCAUAAUUUGAGAAAACAUUGAAUUUACAAGCAGUUUGUGACCUUAGCCUGGAAAACUGGACAGCACUAUGUUGUUUACAUAUACUUAUAGUACAGACUGGAAAUUCGAAUAUAAGUCUGCGUACCCAGGCUGUGGGAAUAUUUCGCUUUCUCUCAGAACUUGCGAUCCAUAAACUUUUUAACGCCGACUGCACAGACAAGUUAUAUUAAAAGUGCUCCAAAAUUCAAAAGACUACAUGCAGAAGGUUCCCUUCAUAGUGAUUUGCACAACAAACAAAUGGCAAGCCACGGAAACAGAAGCUAGCUACAUCAGAACUUUUGAUUGUACUUAGCGUAAAUGCAGCUUGGAUUACAUACAUGUGUAUUUAAUCAUGAGAGUCACUGCAUGCAAAACAUUGCACAUAAAUGCAGUAUACACUUUGUUUACAGUGCAGUGUGCAGCUUAUUACAAUCAGCAAGAAAACGACUAAACGUGAAGUUGCUUUAAAAGAAGGGCGUUCCUACAAAAGUGCCAGAAGUGUCUGGUCGAUGCAAAGGGUGCGAGGGUUCAAGGGAAGCGAGCACAUGUCUGUCAGUGCACUGCCCAAACACUGGCUCCAAAAGCGAUCAUUUUGAUGUCAGCUGAUGGGGCGCAUAUCGCAACUCUGUAUCCUCCCACUUUUUAUGUCACUGGUCUUGCAUAUCAUUUAAAAUUUGAACUGCCGAUAGUGAUUUUAAUGUAUCUCCGAUGUAUUAUUCGAUAAUUUUGGUAGACUCUAAUGCCAUAUCCCUGUAGUUAGCGCGAGAUCUGGGAGUGAAAGAUGAAUUCCUAAUAGCAAAUCUUGUCACGUUGGUAUUCAACUUGCUUUUUAAUUUUCUUUUUCUCGUAAUUUUCGGGUAGCAUAAAGUUAGCUUUUAUCAUGGUGGAAUUCACAGAUCUGCUAGGAAAUAUGUUCCUGCACCGGAAAUUUUGCUGCUUACAAGAAGCUGCUGCAGUAUUGAUGCACUAGUGUGCAUUGUGCUUGCUCAUAUAAUGACAUGGCAUUGGAAGUUAACACACUCUCAUGAUUGUAAGCUGCCUGGUUUGGAUUACUGCUUCUUAUUUUCAUAAGCUGUUCAACUUGGGUGACUUGUAUUUACGACACCCUGUAUGUAGUCCACAUUUGCACAAUCCUCCCAAAAGCUGUCACCCCCCGCAUACCCUCGUGACACAGCCUAUAUAUUUGGUACUGUAUGCAUGUCACUGCUGCUGUGUGAUCCCUGUUGGUGGAUUCAUUCGACAGCUUGCGCAGCUGUUCACACUACUCUAGACACGUCCUCUUUGUAAUGGGCAAGCCUUGUGUGCGACAAUCAUUUUUUGUGUGUUGAGGUGUGUUCUUCGUGUUGCAUUUACGCCGUAGCAACAAAGCUACUCCUUGUUGGUGGUGGUACCUAUAUAACAUGUUGGUUGCGAUGAACGAAGCGUUGUUAUCACUACGGGUAGGAAUAUGAAGUUUGUGUCUGUGCGUGCUGUUUGUAGUCAUGUGUGGCAUAGUGAGCACGCUGUAUUGCCUGUUUGCCAUGUCUUGUGGUCAACAAAGUUGAGCUGUAGCUUGACUGCUAGCGUAGAGUGAGAAAGCAAUCAACUGCUAGAACUUUUCCAUAUUUCAUUCAUGUGUGCUGUAACAUCAGCUAUUAUAGUGAUAUACAUAUUGGACUAUAGAAACUUUUCUAAAAGUUUGAUUUCUUGAAUUAGAGCACACAAAGCAGAUAAGCCAGGAUUGUAUGGGAAAAGAGUCGUAUUUACAAGUGGAGAACUUGUUGAGCGUCAUGCAUUUGAGAGAAUGCAGGUGAAGGUGCUCGUUCGCUUGGUUUGGCCAUACGUCAAGCUCCUGCGUGGGUAGCUUGAGAGUUCAGAGUAACUUAGGUUUGAAGCAUUCUGUCAGGAUGUAAGAUUGUAGCCAAGGUGCUCAUGGUAACUUAGACUUGUCAAGCCAAGGGCAUUGGCAAUUAGGUGAAUUCUCAGGAACACAAAGUACAUUUGUCGGUGUUCUACAAGAUUAGCUUGUGGAACACAAGAGGGUUAUACUGCCUAGCACAGCAGUUUUUCACUGUUAACUUUCACCAUUAAGCAUGCAGCAUUUCAAAGUCCUGCGGGUAAUUUCCGAAUUUCAGUUGCUUAGACAUUCUGAAAAGAUGUUUGCAGCCCGGCCUACUGAACAAAAACUGCUACAUUUGAUCGUAGGAGUUUUGGAGAGGCUUCACUUGUAAUUCUUGUGGAUCAUCACCGAGCAAGACUGCGGUAGCGCCGCAAGGUGGGAUUGCUGUGACACUUACAAAGUCGUACAUCAUAAGGUCACUAGUGACACCUGUGUGCAUCGUACCAUGCUUAAGCAUCAUGGGCAUGCCACUGCUUGGCUUACCUUCACCACUGAACUGUGUAAGUUAAUACCAGGGAACAGAUGGUAAAUUAAGGCUGCUGCUAUUUAUAAUCGAGUAGUUUUGUACAGAGUAUGAAGCUUGAUAGUUCGAACCUUCUUUACGUAUUCAAGUCGGAAACAGUUUGUAGAGUUCUUUAGUGACUUUGCGUAGUACAUCACAUCACAUUAAGCGAUGUUUGCUUCCAGUUCCAGGGUCCAUUACUUGAGUGCAAAGAAGGAAGAUGCAACUGUUACAAAGCAGUUGUUUGCAGUUUUUUUUUUUUUGCAGUCACCGCUUGACUAUAGUGUUUCCAUCCACCUUCACGAUUUUCAGUGGAGCAGGAGGCAGAACUGUAGGCUUGAUCUUUAAGGAACCUUUGCAUCCUGGGGCUGUUUUCUCAAUGGUUGUAUGAGGCAUCACACUUAAAGGGGCACUAAAGAACAACAUUAAGUUGUGCUAUAUUAGUAGAUUACGCUUUUUCAGAAUUGGAGAGGCUGCUCUUGUUUAAAGACCCUCCAUCCACGUGCUGCCGCCGCUUUUGCUAAGUAGUGCCAGCCCUUGAUGCGCGCCUCCAUUCCAAUCUGUCACUUGCACCAGUUCUGCUUUCACACGUUUCACUUCCGAGACGUCUGCUUUCUGAAUUUUCAUUUCAACUGGUGCUCGCUGUCGCACACUAGCAGCUCUGUGCAGUAGUAGCAGACAGCAGCACAGCCUGCGGAUCAUCAUCCAUGAACAUCGACGCAUUUAUUGCUUGUACACUUAACCUGCGUACUUUGCCUGUCACCCGUACCACCAUGCAGAAUCUUGACAAUGGGUAAUCUCAACAAAACUUAUACUUGAGUUCGGAAGCUGAGAGGAUGAGCGAGAGAGGAGUGUGGAGGGGGAAGGUAGGUUGGUGGUACACAACACUUUGAGGUCCCUUGAAUUGUGUGGGAAUCAAUGUUUUGCAGUAAAUAUUCAACAGCAUGAAAACAAACAACAAAGCUGUUUUCAGAAGUGUGAGCAUCAGCAGUGCUAAUUACAUAGUUUGUCGAAUUUGUGCCGUAGAUGAAUAUAGCUCUCCUGAAAUUUCACAAAUGGCCAUGCAUCACAUCCUGCUGAGGUUAGGGCUCUGUACUCUAUUUUUGGAGCCUGCUGCCUUCUGCAUAUAAACCUGCCUUGGAUGGCACAAAAGUGGUCUUCAAAUAAUCUGUGGCCACAUUUCACAGCAUUAUGAUUGUGAAUUAAGAAGUCCGAAGAACCACGUGCUGCUUACAAAACAUUGUUGUUUGGCAAUUCAUAAGAAAAACCUUUCAUUGAUUGCCAAAAACUCCAGUGGGAAUUUUGUUGUUAUUAUUCCCUGACUUUUGUCAUUCAGACACAUUUAAUAUAGAAUUUUCACUUCGCUUAAAAAAUUUGUCGGUUAACUUUGUCGGCAAAAAGCAUGUAUGGAGGGACUUUACUUUUACUGUGAGAGGAAGCUUGGUAAUAAAAAAACAACCUGAACAUUGUUUCAGAUGGAAUUCAGAUGGUUUCAGAUGCAAACAAUCUGAACAUCAAAGAUGGGCAGAGAUUCCACCAUGAGGCUUUUGCAACAACUCACUGUGAUGUCGCCAUUAUGAUAAUGCCUGCUCAGAUGUAGUUAACUGUUUAUCAGUAAGGAAGGACCACUGUGUAUUCUAAAGGAGUGAAAAACUAAACGUAGCAAGUUUCGAGAACUUUUCCGCCGCCAAAACGGCUGAAAUAUGAAAAGAAAUGACAACGUUGAAAUCAGUGAUGUCAUUGAUGCACUGUGCCUAGGUUUCGAAUCAAAAUCCUAAGCAAAAAAAAGUUUGCCCUAAUGUUUUUCACAACAUAUCAACCGCCUGCCUCAAAAUGAGCGUAAAUAAAGUUUUGAAAGAAUACUUUACUAGUAUAAGCUGAUUUAGUGCCCCCUUAAUGUGUACUGCUUAGCUAAAGCAGCAGAAGAUGCAAUGGAGGGUUUGUGGGUGAGUGCAUUUUUGGUCAGCAUUUCAUGGCCAUUUGGUGCAUUUGCAAGGGUUGAACACUGAGCCAUUUAAUUGCAAGUUUAUUGUAAAUAGGAAAAAAAAAAAUUGAACAGCACUGGCUCUGUGAACAGGAAAGGUGUUUCUCCGAGUGGCAGUGAAGGCUGUUCGAUGCCACCUGGAUGAACAUCUUAGUACUACUCGUGAGGGGAAAAUUUAGAGCUCGGUGUGGUUGUUUGAAGGCAUCAAGAACGUUGUAUUCAAAUAGGUGCAGCUGUAUAAAUUUGGCGAUGCCGGCAAGUUCUUCUUGCUUCUGUGACAGGGCCAGAUGUCAUGUUGCACGAAAGCAAAAGGAUUGUUGUAAAGUGGUUUUACUGCUUUAGAAGACAGAAGUUAUUGCAAGGAACAGGAGUGAUGAGCUUAGUAGUUAGUUGCACUACGGAGGAACCGCCAGACCCUCGACUGCUUUGACUACGUUUGUUCUGGUGGCUGUGGUAUAUAUAGUAAUGGUGUACCUGCAGCCUUCUAUCAGCCAUGCUCUCUGUUUGCUAUGGUGGGGAAAGAGAAGUCGCUUUGCACAACCUUUUGGCACAAACAAUUCAGAAAGCACCUUUGACUUUGCACUGUCUAACGAAAACCGGGAAGGAAGAACAGCCAUUUUAACCGUGCCGCACUUACUAGCUAUGAUGUUGUAACGGUGUCUGCCCAAAAUAGAAUGUACUCCUACCGUAGUCAGACGUAUAGACUAUAGAGUACAGCUGGUUAUAAGCUUCAAUCAAAGUAGACACUAACUCAAGCGUUGUCGUGUGUAGUGUAAUUAAUGUGUGUUGUGUUGGUAGUGAGACUUGUGACAGCCCAGCAUUUUCCGAGCGCCCUCGCUCAAGUGCAUGCCCAAUGUUUUACACUAGCAGCGUGGAACUAGACUGGAUGUUAUGCAGAACUAGGUGCUCCUGCUGUUGAUGUUACAACGCCAAUGGUAGUACAAAACAGAUACGUGAGGGCCUGUGUUUUAGUGCUUGUCGUUUUGCAUACACAUGUGGAGAAGUGGGAGAAACUGCCCACAACCAUGCUUCCACAUAUCUGCCACUUAAUUACUAUGUCCACAUGGUUCUCAGAUAUUGGACCUCUGAAUUUGUUUUAAUAUUGCAGCAGAAUCUGUUAUGAGCUCUUUCAGCUCUCCAUGUAUCCAUAGGCUGAGCGACAAUACUAGCUACCUUAUACACCCUCCAGUUGCUUUGGGUAUUUGCACGGAGGUUGUCUAAAUAGUCACAACACUUUUGACCACCGCGAAACACUAACGGUGUGGUGGCAGUAAAGAGUUCUGGCAGAAGCACGGUACUUAUUACCAAAUAUUGCCAUAUUCCCAAUGCUGUGUUCCGUGCUUGAAAUUGUAAUACCAAAGUGAUACCAAAGGGUGCACCGAUGGACAACCACAAGGGGGUGUGACUAAAAGGUGUUUUAAAUGUAAUUAAGAAUGCAUGUCUGUGUUGUAAAUGAUGUGACUAUAUCAUAGUGAACCAGAAGGGCACAUUAGCUAGUUUUACCAGACACGCAUUGUUUGGUAGAAUAGGUUGCUGGGCAAAUUGGUUCAAGUCAAGCGGGUACAUAUCAGCACGAUAUGGACUUGAUAGGAGGGAACAGGAAAGAAGACAGCUAGUGCUAUUGGCGCUCUGUUUUUGGUGUAGAGUUAAAGAUUUGGGGGGGUAAACUUCUUGCUUCAAUUAUUUUUUGUAAGCUUGGCCAUUUAUUGCAAUUUCUGUAAAAAAAUAUGAGGCCCUAAAUCAAAGUUCUGUUUCCUAAUAGUUGCUAGAAGGCAACUUUCCACUCAAAUGGAACAAAAUCCGUUCAAGUCAGCCUGGUGGUUGUCAUGAAAGCAUUUCUGCAUUUUAUAUGUAUUUGAAUAGGGAAAUUGGAGCUGGCCCCAACUAAAGCUUCCUCUUAAAGCCGUGCACACGGAAGAACCCCAGGUGGUCAAAAUUAAUCCAGAGCCCUACACCACGGUGUUCCUCGCAAGCCCAUGUGUCGCUUCAAGGCAUAAAAACCUUGUCACGAAAUCAUCGAUCUUGUGGAAGCUUGGUGUGUUGGCAUGUUUCUCUCACAUGUGUCAAUGUACAUGCAUGUUGUACCAAGAAGGUUGUGCUGGGCAUUCAUAAUUCCGCCAAGUAGGUUGCACACACACACAAUGCUUGCCAUCCAGACAAAAAUGUGCUUAGUCUGCUUGCAGCAUCAUUGCUUUUGCUUGUGGGUGCUUGUUUUGUACCAACGUAACUUAUUCCGUUGAAACCUCAUGUUGAGGCUGGAUAUUUUGCUUGUCAUGUUUUUAGUGAUAUGACUGAGGCAAAAAUAGAUGGCACAAACUGACAGCACCAAAUGAAACUUUGUCGCAGACGAAACCGAGUGUAUCAUGCUUGCCCAAGAAGUUUUUAUCUUGAGGCAAGAAUUGAUGGCACGCAUUGACAGAAUGAAAUUAAACAUUGUCGCUGUCAAAAGUAAAUGUAUCAUUCUUGCCCAAGAAGUCUUUAUCCAUAGAUAAGCAGCCAGUCAGAAAGAAGCAGCACUCGGCAUAAAUACGCUCUUUUCAGUUGGAAUUCCUGAGGAUUGUGCUCGUGAAAACUCUUUGUAUCAUUCUGUCUUUUUCGUGAACAAUAUGCUAAAGGACGAAAAUAAACAGACUGAGCUCAGAGUGAGCAGUUUAGCGUAAAGUUGUUAGUGCACAUAUACAACUGCAAAUCACAGAGCACAAUGUAGAAUUGCCAAAUCUACACCAUAUUUUCAGCUGUCAAGCUGGUUGACUUCGGUCUGGAAAAGUCUAGGUGCUCUGCUCGACGCUGCAAGCUCCCAAAAGAAUGUGUGCAAAAAUCUUGACUGGUCUGGCAUUAAUUUCGGAGCUUGCUUUUGCCCCUACAUAUGUGACAGCAGCCGCUUUAGGAUGUAUCGGAAUGUUUGAAUGCUUAAUUACUGUUGUUGAAAUGCUGCUGACUGCAACGAGUUCGAUCAAUGCUUUGAGAAGCUGAAACUAUGUCACAAGGUAUAGUUAAGCUUGAUUGUUAAUCAAAUAUUUGCUUUCACUGAGUCUAUUGUGCAUCCUCAUUCGUUAUACUGAUUCCAUGUACUCAGUGUUCGUAAAAAAACACAAGAAAAAAAAAAUACCAUAUCCUAAUGCAUCUGCUCUAUCAGCGGCAUAACAGAUGUGUAUCCUUCCCAUGUUUUGGAAUUGUAUGAACACAGCAGUCUGUAUAUUUUGUAGCAGAGUUGCCAUUGUGUUCACACUUCUGCCAAACAAGAAAACACUGCUCGCUUCAAUUUCAUCACACAUGUAUAUCCCCAAAUGCGAUUUCCCUCUGAACAUAUCUGCAUUUGGUACCUGGUUGAAAACUUGUCAAUGUUAUUUGAUUCUUUGUAACAUUUACAAAUGAGAUUAAAUAAAUUGCAGCAAAGUGCCUCCUCAGCGGACAA